CCACAAACUCGCGCAACCAACCUCGUGCACCAUGUCGAGCAACAACAGCAGCAAGACGGUUCUCGUCACGGGCGCCACGCGCGGCCUCGGUCUCACCUUCGCUCAGUACUACACCAAGGCUGGAUGGAAGGUCAUCGGCACGGCGCGCAACGUUGACAAGGCCAACGAUCUCAAGGCGCUCUCGCCGUUCAAGAUUCUUCAGCUGGACACGAGCGACGAGGCCUCGAUCAUCACCAUGGCCAAGCAGCUGAACGGCGUCCCCAUCGACCUGCUCAUCAACAACGCCGGCAUCCUCGAGCCAGGCUCGUACGCGAGCGUCUCCAAGGACUCGUUCAUGCGCCACUUUGAGAUCAACUCGGUGGGGCCGUUCCUCACUACGCGCGCGCUGCACGCGAACCUCAAGCUGGCCGCCGACGCCAACGGCCUGGCCAUCGUCGCGUCCGUCACGAGUCUCCUGGGCAGCAUCCAAGCGAACCUGGACGGCGCGCUCGGCAGGCCGCUGCAGAAGGUCUACUACGACAACCACAAGCUGCCGAAUGGCGAGAUCUACAGCUACCGCGCGUCCAAGGCCGCGCUCAACAUGAUCAACGCCAACCUGGCCAUGAACCUGCAGGAGGACAAGAUCGUCGCGGUUGUGCUGCAGCCGGGCUACGUCAAGACGGACCUGACGCAGCACAACGGCGUGGUGCUGCCCGAAGAUUCCAUCGCUGGUAUGGCCAAGGUCAUCUCGGGCCUCACCCUGGACGACACGGCCAAGUUCUUUGACUUCCAAGGACCUGAAUUGCCGUGGUAGAGCAGAGUAUGAGAUAUACUCUACCGCUCAGCUUAGUGGCUAAUGAAUGAUGUGUGUGCUGCUUUAU